UAUUGUUUUGAACAUUAUAACAAAUUUCAGCCCAUUUUCCUCUCUCAUCAACUCUCUCUCUCCCUAAUAUUUGUGUCCACAUAGCAGUGGCUUCAUUUUAACCACAAACAAACCGAAACAUCAAGAACAAAUCCUAUAUUUCUGAUCAUGGAAAACAGCCCUUGAAGAUCAGAUCCAUUUUGAAUUGAAUCCAAUUUUCUGCUGUUAAUUACGGUUUUUCUUUGGAUUCAAUUUGUGGGUUUUUUUUUUGCAAGCAUGACAAGGAGGUGUUCGCAUUGCAGUCACAACGGACACAAUUCUCGGACGUGCCCGAAUCGAGGAGUGAAGCUUUUUGGGGUUCGAUUGACAGAUGGGUCGAUCCGGAAGAGUGCUAGUAUGGGUAAUUUGACCCAUUAUAUGGGUGGUGGUGGGAGUGGAAGUGGAAGUGGGACCCCUUUAAAUGGCGUCGCUCAUGACUCCCCAGCCGACACCCCUGACCACCCCUCAUCUGGCUCCGGCGUCGCCGAUGGAUAUGCCUCAGAGGACUUUGUUGCCGGGUCGUCUUCCAGCCGCGAGAGGAAGAAAGGUGUUCCAUGGACUGAAGAAGAGCAUAGGAUGUUUCUGCUUGGUCUGAAAAAGCUUGGUAAAGGUGACUGGCGCGGAAUUGCUCGUAAUUAUGUAAUAACCAGAACGCCUACUCAGGUGGCUAGCCAUGCCCAAAAAUACUUCAUCAGGCAAAGCAAUAUAUCUAGGAGGAGAAGACGCUCCAGCCUCUUUGACAUAGUGGCAGAUGAAUCAGCCGACAAUCCUGUGGUAUCAAGAGAUUUUUUCCCUGUAGACCUUCCACAAGCUGAGCCACAAAGCAGCAAUGCAUUUCCUCCUCUUCCUGCGGAUGAAGAAUGUGAGUCAAUGGAAUCUGCGAACUCCAAUGAUGGCGAGGCCGUGCUUCCUAAACCUGAGGGCGCACAAUUCUCGUACCCUGUUGUAUAUCCUGCUUAUGUUGCUCCAUUCUUUCCAUUGUCCAUCCCAUUUUGGCCAGGGUACAAUCAGGAGCCCGUUAAGGAAGAAACCCAUGAAGUGCUCAAGCCAACGGCUGUCCAUUCGAAGAGUCCAAUUAACGUUGAUGAGCUCGUUGGCAUGUCAAAACUAAGCUUAGGGGAAACCAUUGGUGAUUCAGGGCCGUCUUCUCUCUCUCUAAAACUCGUCGAAGGCUCUACGAGGCCAUCCGCAUUUCAUGCUAAACCAGGGACUGGCGGUUCAGGUAUGAGCUCUACCCAGAGCCCAAUACGGGCCGUGUAGAGAACAUUUGCUGGUGAUGGAUGUAGGUUCGCUCGUGCCCAUGAACUCUCGAUACCUUUUGUUAAUAGAAGACGAUACCAUUUAGGAUGGCUUGGAUAAGUGUAGUUUUAUCUAUUAGGCUUUAAUAAGUUGGUGUUGGGAUAUGAUUUACUCAGUUUGAGUAUCUUAAUUACCUUGUAGACAGCAAAAUCCUUUAUUAUUUGAAUCUUUCUUAACAUUUGUACAAGUGAAAUGGCACUUUUGUAGCUUCGCUCUUUUUUUA